AUGGCUCUCAAGGAGCGACGCAGAGUCUGGAAAAGAAGCUUCUGGCGGCUGACCAUCCUUGCACUUGGCCUGUUAGGAGUGUUCCUGUAUGGGCAACGUGUAGUCAGGUACUUAGAAGGGCUCAUCCCCAUGGGUGUGUGCCCUGCCUCCAGCAUGCCCCUGCUGAAAGACAACUUCUCAGGCCCCCUGCGCCCCUGGGCCCGGCCGGAAGUCCUGACCUGUACCUCCUGGGGUGCCCCCAUCAUUUGGGAUGGCGUUUUCGACCCAGAUGUUGCCCGUCAAGAGGCUCUGCAGCAGAACCUUACCAUUGGGCUGACUGUGUUUGCUGUAGGCAGGUACCUGGAGAAAUAUCUGGCGCGCUUCCUGGAGUCAGCAGAGAAGCACUUCAUGGUGGGCCAGAGCGUGGUAUACUACGUGUUCACGGAGCGCCCUGCUGCAGUGCCCCACUUGCUGCUGGGUCCUGGACGCCGGUUGCAAGUGGAGUACGUGGAGCCCCAGCAUCGCUGGCAGGACAUCUCCAUGGGGCGCAUGCACACAUUGCACACUGCGCUGAGUGGACGGCUGGACACUGAGGUACACUACGUGCUCUGCAUGGACGUGGACCAGUUCUUCAGCAGAACCUAUGGGCCUGAGGUGCUGGCCGACACGGUGGCACAGCUGCACGCAUGGCACUACCACUGGCCCCUGAGAGUACUGCCCUUCGAGCGCGACAAGCGCUCAGCUGCUGCGCUGGCACCAGGAGAAGGAGACUUCUACUACCAUGCAGCCGUGUUCGGGGGCAGCGUGGCGGCCCUGAGGCGACUGACCGAGCACUGCACAAAGGGGCUGUGGUGGGACCGCAUGCGCGGCCUGGAGGCACGAUGGCAAGAUGAGAGCCACCUUAACAAGUUCUUCUGGCUGCACAAGCCCGCCAAGGUGCUGUCACCUGAGUUCUGCUGGAGCCCAGACAUCGGCCCACGGGCCGAGAUCCACCUCCCACGCCUGCUCUGGGCACCCAAGGACUACGCUGGGCUGCGCAAUUAUUGA